AUGUUCGAGAGAUUUCCAACAGAAAUGUUCAUAAUUUCAGGAAAAAUCAUUCCUGAGAACAUAAUUGCUAGCUCGCCGAAGCAAGACAUUUCAUUUUUAAACGAUUGCAAGGUUCUUGGGCUACAAACUACUCAUGACAACACAGAAGUCGUACACAAAAGUGAUGUAGUAUUUUUAGCUGUGAAACCACCACUUGUUAACAAGGUUGCCUCUGAAAUCGCCCCUAUUCUAAGCCGAGAGCGGCUAGUGGUGUCAAUCGCACUAGGAAUCACCAUUCGAAAUAUAGAAUCGUUGUUGCCGUCGAAGUCUCGCGUGGUCCGCGUGAUGCCGAACACUCCGGCGGUGGUCCGAGCAGGUGCUUCCGCAUUUGCCAUGGGCUCGGCAUGUCGAGAUGGUGACGCCGACAUAGUGCGAGAGCUGUUGAGUACCGUCGGGUUCGCAGUCGAGGUUCCGGAAGUUCACAUUGAUCCAGUGACUGGUCUUUCCGGUUCGGGGCCAAGCUACAUGGGUGAACGCUUAUUCGGUAUAUUUUCGCUGCUGACAUUCCAGAUGUUUGCAGUCAUCGAAGGUCUAGCUGAUGGAGGUGUACAUCCUGCACAGCUGAAAGAUGAUGUGCAAAGCCCUGGUGGAUCCUCAAUCUAUGGAAUGCACAAGCUUGAAAGCGGUGGACUAAAGGGGAUUUUGAUGGAUGCUGUUGAAGCGGCUACACGUCGAUCUCGUGCAACAGGAGACCAAGCGCUGCCUCGAGACAUUCGAAACACUGAGUUGUAA